AUCAGCCAGCCAAAUAGAGGUCAAACUCGUACGUCAUGGCAGUCAAAGAAGCGAGUCGAGUAGUUUCAAGGAUAAGUCACAUCGAUGCAUCGGUGUCUAUAAAACAGCACCUUUAUCUUCGUCUUCAUUCCUAAGCCUCAUCAAUUCACACCAUUACAUAUUGUUUCAAUCCCACCGGAGAAUUCAGACAGCAGUCAAAAUUGUGCCUUCAUGAUCCAAUUUGUCUACAAUGGCUCCACUUCGAUCAAGCUUGACAGAGAUUGGGAAAGAUGUGUUAACUCACUUUUAUCAGCCAGUCUUGCUUGAAAUGGCAUUGACUGUGGUGCAUCAGCCAUACCAAUACAGCACUGAGUAUAUUCCAGCGCUGCAGGACGAUUCUUUGCUUUCGGCCGAGCAGGCAUUCCAGGCCUUUCCAGGUGGUGACACGGUCACCGCGAUCGCAGUUCUACGCAACAAUGGCUGCCCACUGUACAUGGUUGCCUCUAAUCUUCGUAACGGUAGAGAGCUGCAGAGCACGACAAACUUCCUCUACUCCCUACUCGAUCUCAUUCGUGAGCAACAGGUCAUGAAUCGGAAGCCGCUGCUCAAACAGGUUCUGUGGCACAUUCUUGUCUUCAACUUCAGCAGGCUCAAGACUUACGUAAAAAGACUUGUCCAAUGCUUGGAUGAUUGCUUGGAGAGCACCCAGCUACGGCGAUCCACGGAAGCUGAACAGCCUUGUAGGGAGCUUCUUGUCCUUAGAGAGAGGGCCUCCUUCUCAAUCGAUGAUGAGUCUUUUCAGAAUGACCAGAAUAAGGUCCUCUGUGAUUGCGAAACUCUACUAAAGGCGAUACAUGGGGCAAGAGGCAAGAACAUUGAUGAUGCGAUCAAAAGUCAGUCCAGCAGUGGGCAGGCUGCAAGGCCAAAUCCGUGGCAUGAGCUUCGUCACUAUCUCGGACGAUUACUUUCCUUUCGUCAGGCAGCAGAAAUUCUCAUCAGCGCCUUCGAACGCUGGCUAUCGUUGUUCGAAGAUUUUGAGAUUGUCACUAUUCCUUCCGGCCUGCGAAUGAGUCGACCGUUGCCAAGGUCAAACCUCACUGCGGCCGAAAUCAUCUACAACAUGGCAGAAGAUGAAGAUGAAGCUGAAUCUUAUCUUCAACAAGCCCAAGGCUUGCAGUCAAUGGGCUUAGAGAAGAUAAUACAGAAAAAGGUCAAUUCGAGGACAUUUCGCCCAGUGGUUCACGCAGAAGUCGCUCUCCAUACCCACCUUCUGCAAGCUGGCGCGAAUCACCCAGGGCAAUUUUGGAAUGAUUGUAAAUACACUGGCGGCAGCAAACCGACUUGUCGACUUUGUUCUUACUACUUCUUUGGCCAUCGAGACAAAGUCAGUGUCCGACCUACCCACGAGAAUUUGUAUGCAAACUGGCAAUUUCCGGAUCUGUUGCAGCCCGAGAACCGGACUGCACAGCGAGCCAACAAGAAACUCUUGAUGCUCAUGACUGAACUGGUUCGCAAUGAUGCGAAGAGAACAUUGGAUGAAAGAUGCCCAAGAGGGAAGAAGCACGAUUCUAACACUGAAUCCGCCAUACCCGCCUAUUUCAAUGUUGGGAAGCCCGUCUCAAUAUCUGAGAUAAGCAGCCUACUUCGACUGGAUGAAGACACUUCUGUAAGGCAAGUGAACCAAUAUUGGUCGGCCGAAGCGGAAAGGAGAAAGUAUGGGGAGCUAGUGGAUAACGAAAGUGAUGAUGAUGAACUCGGAAAUGCAGGAGCCUCUAUUAAAGAGUGUUGGUUUGGAUGAAAAGUGCGCGGUUCAAUGACUUUGAUUCAGCAAGCUGGUAUUGUCAUUUGUUUGACAGGGUCAUUAAAAUUGCUGAACGUGAAUUGAAACGUUC